AGGUGCAGCCGGGUCGGUGAGGUGGAGGACUGCGCUGCACUCAGACAGCAUGAAGGAUCGGGAUGAUGCAGUCUGUACUCAGUGGUUUUUAGUGUAACACAAAUAAUCAACAUGCAAAGGUCCGGACGCACGACGCGUGACGGCUCUCUGUCCUGACUGCACCGUGACGAGACGUCGGCUGUCCACGGAACCGACGGGUCUGACCUGCUGCAGGCUGCCUCCUAUCCAUUAAUCGAUCCUGGCUGUUGGUGACAGUCUGGUAGCUGUGAUCGGUGUGUGUUAUGGGAGAAAAGGGAGACUAAUGUUAUUCUGUUCAGUUUUUCUAUGAUAUCACCCUUGCGGUUCACCUUGGACUUAAAAAAAAAAAACACACGAGAGGCUGAUGGAUCACCUGCCACAGAAACAACUCAGCACAGACCCUUGUGGUCCUAACAUGCUGCCUGGACCUUGUGCAGUGAUCAGAGCAAGUCCAGCUUUACCUUCACAGCCUCCAGUCCCGGGGCCACAUUUAUUCACUCCACCAGAGGUGCUCAAAAAACAGUCAGGACUGGGUCCCACGCAGGUGCCUACAAAAGGGAAAGCCCGGAUGCAGUCAGUGGAGGAUAGGCCCACUCCACAACAACUGGCAAGCAUAAGUCGACCCAGACCGACUGCUCUUGGAACAAAAACGGCUUCAAAGACAAGCAAAGUCCCACUGGAGUCCUCUAAGGAUAUAGAUUUGAUCCCUGUUUGCAUUCCGGGUCCUCAGAGUGCCAACGUCUUACCGCAUUCCUCGUCAGAGCCCUCGUUCCCUCUGAAAUACCCCCAGAGCCCUCAGCCUUACCUAAAACCAACUCUUAGUCCUAACCUGACCCCGAGCCUCAGUCCCAAACCCAGUCUGAACCCUCAACCCCAGAAGACCCCCUUACCUGGGACCUCAACAAAGAGACAGACUCAGUCUGAGAGGCCAGGAGGAGAGAAUAAUGACUUCAGGGUGUGCAUCGUCACAUGGAACGUGGGAUCAGCUGUCCCACCGGAUGACAUCACAUCUCUGUUUGGACCAAAUGUUUCAGAUGGGAGCAUUGACAUGUUUAUCAUCGGACUCCAGGAGGUUAACUCAAUGAUAAACAAGAGGCUGAAAGAUGUUCUUUUUUCAGACCAGUGGAUUGAGCUUUGUAUGGACACGCUGAGUCCUUUUGGAUAUGUUUUAGUGGCGUCCCAGCGGAUGCAAGGAGUGCUUCUGCUUGUUUUUUCUAAAUUCUGCCAUCUUCCAUUCCUCAGAGGUGUGCAGACCCAGAGUACACGGACAGGACUCGGGGGAUACUGGGGAAAUAAAGGUGGCGUGAGUGCAAGAAUGACGUUGUUCGGCCACCCGGUAUGCUUUCUCAACUGUCACCUGCCAGCUCAUAUGAGGAACUUGGAGCAGCGGAUGGAAGACUUUGAGAGCAUCCUUCAGCAGCAGCAGUUUGAAGGGGGGACUGCCACUGGUGUACUGGACCAUGACGUCGUGUUUUGGUUUGGGGACCUAAAUUUCCGUAUUGAAGACUAUGACAUCCAUGUGGUGAAAUGUGCCAUUGAAAGCAGCAAGCUGCCUCUUCUGUGGGAGCGGGAUCAGCUCAAUAUGGCUAAAAACACAGAGGCUAUCUUGGAGGGCUUCAUGGAGGGACCACUUAAGUUUCCACCUACGUAUAAGUUUGAUGUGGGGACUCACACAUACGACACCAGCACUAAGAAGAGAAAACCUGCCUGGACAGACCGCAUCUUGUGGCGCCUUCGUCGCACUGGUUCCCCUGUUCCUACUCACAAUGCAUCAUUGCAGCGGGGUCUGACCUCAUGGUUGGGUGGAGCCACUAAAGUGAUACAGCAUAAAUAUCAAAGUCACAUGGGCUUCACCAUCAGUGACCACAAACCUGUUUCCUCUUUGUUCUCACUCCAUUUCCCAUUCAGGGUGGACCUUCCUUUGGUGGAGCUGCAGGUAAAUAAGGAGUGGUGCAAAGCAUCAGACGCCACAGUCAGUUUCACUGUUGCAUCAACAUAUCAACGUAGCUCGUGGGACUGGGUGGCAAUAUACAAAGUGGGGUUCAGGCAUCACAAGGAUUAUCAGGCGUAUGUCUGGGCCAAAGGAGAACAUGCUACACAGGUGACAUUCUCAGAAGAGGAUUUGCCCAGAGAUGACUGUAAAUACAUCCUGGGUUACUUCAGUAAUAUCAUGAACAGUAUCGUUGGUUUGUCUUCACCAGUUCAGAUCAGGAUGCCUGUUCACAGCCCCACUGUGUGUCGCUCCGACAGUUCCAACAUCAGCUCAGAAGAUGACAGCACCAUGGUUCUGCUGGCUCCAAACUCCCGCAGUCCGAGCCCAAAAACUGGCAAACGGCAUCAUCGUCACCGCCGUAGUCGCAGCCCAGCUGUCCCUGCGCUCUCUUCCAACCCCCUCCCGACCCUGCAAGGCCUCAGCCUGUGCCCUCGCUCCAAAGAGAGCCAAUCACGAAGCCGUUCACCGUGCUCUGCUGCUAAGAAGGAACGUCUGGUCUCCCCUGACACUGUGCCAUCUCCCACCAUCAGUCCCCUCAGCCCUCGCAGCCCAGUGUCUCCGGGCAGUGGGGUGACUGUGCCGGAGGCCCUGAUUGUAGCCAUCUUAGGUGAACACAGUCCAGCUCAGGUUAGCCCUACAGGGGUGAAAAAGAUUGGGAAGCAAGUUGAAACAGACACGAGAAAGGCUAUAAAGAGGUAAAAUAGGAAAACAUCCACUCUAUCAUUGUCUGAUCUGACGCAAUCUGAGAGAAGUUGCACAUUCAUUGACUCUAAUGUAGUUUCCAAACAUUCCACGUUGCAGUUUCCUGUUAGUGAAUCUAUCAUCAUCUCAUACAACUCUGUGCUGUAUGUAUAUCUUUGAGUGAAAAAUGUGAGCAGACUUUCCAAGUGUUAGUUCAGAAGGCAUCAUGUAACCAAGCUGAAUGUGAAACCAAAGUCUGAGAAAACUGGUGAGAGAUAGGACCAGCUAUCACUAAAAGCAAUAUGGAUCCAUGGUAGCAGUCUUGUAUCAAAAUAAGGACUCUGAACCAGCAUUGAUGGUAUCAUAGUUCACAGCUAAGACAGGAUGUAUCUGUGUGAGUCUGAGUAAUGUACACUUAACUUAUUCAUUCUACUGUGCAAAACCUGAUGAUUUUAGCACUGUACGACUUGGUCUGUAUUCACAAGUUUAGUUUCAGUGUCCACAUCUACAAACAGAGCAUUGUGUCACCUCAGUUUUAAAUUUACACGUGAACAGUAUCCCAAAGAAAUGCUCUUAUUCUUCUUAGCAGCUUUGUGAACACGGCUUCUGCUCUUCAGAGCUGGAUGCUGACAGCCACUUAUUGUUUUUCAUCAAGGACUGACUGUUGUUUGAUUGUGCAAAUAAAAUCCAAUUUAUUGGAUUCUCCCUCUUGAUAGUGUAAUAAUUCUGUGCAUGUUUGCACAGCAAUGCAUCCAGAAUAAAAAAACUACAAAGAUGG